CAGAGGUUUGCCCGCAGUCAGUGUUCUGCAAACCCUAUCAAUUUUCUACGAUCUCUCCUUCAAACCACAAGCACUAAACAAUCCCCCACGUCGAGUUGAGAUACCCCUCGUUCUAAACUUUGUCGACAAAAUGGCCAACCCCCGCGUUGAAGAGCUUCCCGAUGACGAGACCAAGAAGGUCUCCGUCGAGGAGCACGAGGACGAGAGCUCCGACUCCGAGAUUGAGGGCGAGGAGGCUGAGGGCCUUCCCUCCGGCUCCACUGCCAUCAUCCACUCCCGCAACGAGAAGAAGGCCCGCAAGGCCCUCGAGAAGCUGCACCUGACGAGAGUGCAGGGCAUCACCCGUGUCACUCUCCGUCGCCCCAAGAACAUUCUGUUCGUCAUCAACAACCCCGAGGUCUACAAGUCCCCCAACAGCAACACCUACAUCGUUUUCGGUGAGGCUAAGAUUGAGGACCUCAACGCCACUGCUCAGCAGGCUGCCGCCCAGCAGCUCGCCGCUGCCGGUGGUGAGCACGACCACGCCGGCCACAGCCACGCUGAGCCCAGCAAGGCCGCCGACGCCGAGACCAAGAAGGACGAGGAGGAGGACGACGGCGAGGAGGUCGAUGCUGAGGGCAUCGAGGACAAGGACAUUGAGCUGGUCAUGACCCAGGCCAACGUCAGCCGGAAGAAGGCCAUCAAGGCCCUGAAGGAGAACGACAACGAUAUCGUUAACUCCAUUAUGGCAUUGAGUAUUUAGCGACGGCUACAGCCAAAGAUAGUUUCUCAAAAUCUCGACAACGGCAAAAAGGAUGGAAUGGGUUGGCAUGUACAAUUCCCAGGGAGUUGACUCCGAAAAGUCUCUUUCGCAAUAAGAUGAUAAUCGGCGUUUUCAUCUCCCCCGUAACUUUCCCUCGUAAGACGCGUAGACAUCAUCCUUGGCCUGUUCAUUUGCAAUCUUGGGAUAUGUUCAAUGGCGGCUUGGGAGAUGGAAUUCAGCUACCCCUCGAUCGUGGGAAUUGGCUCAAACCGAAUUCCUGAGAGCGAGCUCUGCCCCACCAUGCAACCAGUCGCUCGCGCCAACCAGCUGCUGCGGCCGUGUAUCGAUCACGUGACCUUUCAUGUGACCUAGUUCAUCCCGGCUCUUUCUCUGCUCUCCGUUCGGCAAAGUCAAUCA